UACACGUAAAUGACUGAGGAGAGAAAAGCCUUUGAAAAACAACUAUACCCUCUUUAUAAUUUUUAUCAUAAGCAUAAAGAUGCAAUUCAGCAAAAGGAUGCAAAUUUCAAAUAUCAGAAGAAGAUAUAAAUUUUCAAGGGAGAAGAUUUCAUUAAAUUUACAACAACUUAUUUUGAGGAUAUAAAGAAUCUUCUACCUGAAAAAAAGAAAGAUGCUAUAUCAAUUGCUAAAUAUCUAAAUGAAAAUCGUAUCAUUGUCAAAAUCGACAGACUUGGAGAUGACCCUAAAAAGAAAUGGCCAAGAAAAGUCUUUGACACCAAGGUUUAUAUAUUUAGUCAUAUUCAAAGGACUAAACCUUUACAAAUGAAGGAUUUUAUACAUGGAAUUUAGUAGUCAAGAGCAAAAUGAAUAAUCUCAUUAUGGCAGGCAUUCUACUAUUAGUAUUUCUUGCUUUCCUCUAUCCAAUAUGGCCGUUUGCAUUUAAAUAUGGAGUCUUCAAAGUUACAUUAUAUCUUCUUGUAUUUCUGGUCGCCCUUCAAGUAAUUAGAUUGAUUGUCUAUAUAAUAUCAAGAUUAUUGGGCCAUGGUUUUUGGAUACUCCCAAAUCUAAAUAAUGAUGUAGAUUAUUAUAUUGAUAACUAUAGUCAUAUGGAAUUUUAGGAUCAUUCAAGCCUUUAUAUUCAAAUUAUAGAUAUUCAGAUGGAAAGUUAGAAAUUUCUUUGAGAUUAAUUGGAAUUUUUGCAUUCAUUUUCUUAAUAUAUAUUAUUGUUUAAGAACCUUCAUAUAUAACAGGAUUUUAAGAAGCAAGUGAAUAAACUAUAGAUGAUAUUCUUGAAUGGGGCAAAGAUAAAUUAGAGGGCAAAUAAGUAUAAUUAGAAAUCAUUUUAGGAACCAUCAUUUAGAAGAGCUAUACCAGAUUUGAAUGAAUUGAUCAAAUAAGCAGAAGAAGAUCUUGCUAAUCAUCAAAAGAAUAAUAUUUAGGAUGGUUAAGAUAAUUAAUAAACUUAUGAUUUUAAUAAUGAUAUUUAAGAGGAAUAAAAAAAUCAUUAAGAUAUUUUAUUAGAUAAUGAUCUUAAUGAUCUUCAAUAAAAUGAAUCAUAAACCGAUUUGUGA